AUGGAUAGCGAUGUUUCAAUGAAUUGGAUCAAGGAGAGGAUUCAUGAUCAGAAGCAUUUCACAGCGAGAUGGCUCGAUUCGGCGGCAAAAGCUUCUGGACAAAAAGUGGAGAAUCUGGCGAAAGUUUUUGUUGUUGGUUUGAUUGUGCUUUUGAUUGUGGCUGAUAAUCAGGUGAGACACAAAAAUAAGCAGUCCCAAAAAGUUAAACAGUCCCAAAAAAUAAGCAGUCCCAAAAAUAUGCAGACACAAAAAUAAGCAGUCCCAAAAAGUUAAGCAGUCCCAAAAAAUAAGCAGUCCCAAAAAAUAAGCAGUCCCAAAAAGUUAAGCAGUCCCAAAUUUCUCUGCUUCUCUGCGUCUCUCGUUGAUUAGCAUGCAGAGAGAUGAAUAAGCAGACACAAAAAUAAGCAGACACAAAUAUAAGCAGUCCCAAAAAUAAGCAGUCCCAAAUUUCUCUGCUUCUCUGCGUCUCUUGUUGAUUAGCAUGCGGAGAGAUAAAUAAGCAGUCCCAAAAAAUAAGCAGACACAAAAAUAAGCAGUCCCAAAAAUAAGCAGACACAAAAAUAAGCAGUCCCAAAAAUAAGCAGACACAAAAAUAAGCAGUCCCAAAAAUAAGCAGACACAAAAAUAAGCAGUCCCAAAAAUAAGCAGACACAAAAAUAAGCAGUCCCAAAAUAAGCAGUCCCAAAUUUCUCUGCUUCUCUGCGUCUCUCGUUGAUUAGCAUGCAGAGAGAUAAAUAAGCAGACACAAAAAAAAUAAGCAGUCCCAAAAAAAUAAGCAGACACAAAAAUAAGCAGUCCCAAAAAAUAAGCAGUCCCAAAAAUAAGCAGUCCCAAAUUUCUCUGCUUCUCUGCGUAUCUCGUUGAUUAGCAUGCAGAGAGAUAAAUAAGCAGUCCCAAAAACCUCCCUUUUUUCAGGCUCACUUCUUUGCCAAUCUAAUCCUUGUCCUUGUCCCAUUCCUCCUUGUCUUCGUAUAUCCAGAAGAACAACCAACCGAACGUUCAUUACUUGUCUACUUCAUAACUUUCGGAUUUUUAACAACAUUGGAUAGAAAUCUAGAAAAACUUCCGCUUUAUUACGUCAUCAAGUUGGCUAUUCUUCUACUUUUGUAUCUUCCACCAUUUUCACUUUGGAAAUCUAUUGAUGAAAAUGUUAAGAAGAUGGUAGCUGAUGAAAAAAGUCAAGAAAAUACAAAAAAGGAUCAUUUGAACAGUAUGGAAACUUUGCAGUCUAGUGAACCGGCUCCGCCAUCUUCAACCGAAAGUUUUGUGAAUAAAUCGACUAGAAAUACAGUGUCAACAUCUAGAAGAAGUCUUGUAACAGCUCGUGAAAAACGAGAUGAACAAUCUGCGCCUUUAAAUCAAGUUAUGGCCGAUCAAACAGCUUCAACGGCGAAAAGUUUUAAAGAAUCGGAAAAAAGCACGCAGCAAUCCACAAGAUUGGCCACAUUGGAUUCAUCGGCAAAAGCAUCGAUGAGAAUGCCGUUGGCUGGAGAAGCGAUGAAUUCGAAAAGUGGAACUGAUUUGGCGGAUGGAUCGAGGAGAUUGAAAUUGGGGCAGAAUCCGAUGGAAAAUGGAUCGUUUCAUAAUUUGAAAUCGGAUACUGAUGGAUUCAAUUCAACGAGUGAGUUUUAUCACGCUAAUUAAUUUUCUGGGAGACGCAGACACAAAAAAUAAGCAGUCCCAAAAAAUAAGCAGACACAAAAAAAUAAGAAGUCCCAAAAAAUAAGCAGACACAAAAAUAAGCAGUCCCAAAAAAAAUAAGCAGACACAAAAAUAAGCAGUCCCAAAAAUAAGCAGUCACAAAUUUCUCUGUUUCUCUGCGUCUCUCGUUGAAUAGCAUGCAGAGAGAUAAAUAAGCAGUCCCAAAAAAAUAAGCAGACACAAAAAUAAGCAGACACAAAAAAUAAGCAGUCCCAAAAAAUAAGCAGACACAAAAAUAAGCAGUCCCAAAUUUCUCUGUUUCUCUGCGUCUCUCGUUAAUUAGCAUGCAGAGAGACAAAUAAGCAGUCCCAAAAUAUAAGCAGACACAAAAGUUGAGAGAAAAAUUCAAAAGCAAUUGAAGCAUUGCUCAUUUUAAGAAUUCUCCAAAAUAUGUGUUUUUUCCAGUGAUUGGCCCUGCAAACAAUCUCAACGAUCUCGUCUUCUUCCCAAUGAACAGUCUCAUUUUCAACGCGCCAUUCGAUUUCGACAACUUAACAUAUCACAUGAAAAUUCGCAACAACUCACAUCAUCGUAUCGCGUAUGCUGUGAAAGGAAACGCCGUGCCACGAGUUAUGGUAUAUCCGCCAGUUGGCAUUUUUGAUGUGAAAGAGACGAAAGUUUUCGCGGUCACUGUGCAGAAAUUUGAUUAUAAUUUAACGGAUUUUGAAAAGGAUCGCAUCGCUUUUGAUUAUGUGAUUUUGCCGGAUAAUUGUAGAGAUCAAAUGUUUUCGCUGAAAAUGUUUCAGAAUGCGGAUUCGAAAAGAAGAAAGAAUAUUCGCGUUUUGUAUAACCCGUAA